GUAAAAUAAUAUUUUAUAGUAUAACGCGUUAGGCUAAGGGGAGUUGAAAGAGGAGUUGCCGGCCGCUCUGCGCAUGCGUGCCGGUCAACGCAAGGACAAUGGAGUCGCAUACACCGGAGUGUCGAAUAGCGAUCUUUCUCCAGCCGAUUCGGAUUAGUCAGAGUUGCGAAACGUGUUGUUCGAUGCGUAACGUCGUUAUGUCACCGCAUUGCGAUCAUCUCUGCGCCGUGUUUUGAUGAUCGCCCGCUGCUUUCGUUGUCAUUAGAAGUUCCUUCUGUAAAGACUCUUCUACUGAACAAUAAGGACUUCAUGUGGUUUAUAAGCUCCAUAUACAAUGUCUGAAGUCAGUAUUGGAGGAAAGAAAGAAAAAUGUGAGAAUUGCACUAAACAGUGCAGCAAGAAAAAGAGUGAUGAAGGUAUAACCUCGCUCCAGGAGAAAGAUAAUGCCAACGGAGAGGUGAGAGAGUCUGCGUCGGGGCAGCAGGUGCUGCUGAGCGCGUGUCUGUCCUGCAAUGGAUGUGUAUCAGAAAGCGAAAGCCAGAAAAUCUCUCAACAGAACCUGGAUGAAAUCAAGCAUGUGCUUGCCCUUAACAAGAAGUGUGAUACUUCGAAACACAAAAUCCUGGUGGUGUCCGUGUGCCCCCAGUCAUUGCCUUUUUUUGCCAUCAAAUUUCACUUGGAUGUUCCGGCGGCUGCACUGAAGCUCUGCGGCUUUUUCAAAAGUGUGGGGGUUCAUUAUGUGUUCGACACUACGAUAGCUGCUAGUUUUAGCAUUUUGGAGAGCCAGAGAGAAUUUGUUCAGCGCUACCGCCGUAAACAUCACGACGCUAAUGUCAUGCCGAUGUUCACUUCCUCGUGUCCAGGAUGGAUUCGCUAUGCGGAGCGCGUCCUCGGCAGCCUUGUGACACCACACAUAUGCACCGCCAGAUCUCCUCAACAGAUCAUGGGUUCUUUGGUCAAAGACUUUUUUGCUAGACAACAACAACUGACCCCGGAUCAGGUUUACCAUGUGGUGGUGGCUCCCUGCUUUGAUAAGAAGAUGGAGGCCGUGAGAGAGGAAUUCUACAACAGCAUCCUGGAGACCAGAGAUGUCGACUGUGUCCUUACAUCAGGAGAGAUUCUUCACUUAAUGGAACAGAGCAAAGUUACUAUUGAGGAUGUGGAAUCUACUCCUUUGGAUCAUGUAUUUGGUGAAACAUGUGACACAGGAAUGGCUAGGCAUGAAGGUCGUGGCGCUGAAGGUUUUCUCGAGCAUAUCUUCAAACAUGCAGCCAAGGAGCUGUUUGGUCUUGAAGUUCAGGAGAUUGUGUACAAGACACUCAGAAACCGAGACUUCCAGGAGGUGGCGCUAGAGCGUGAUGGAGAAACCCUUCUGCAAUUCGCUGCUGUCUAUGGUUUCCGGAACAUUCAGACUUUAGUUCACAGAAUGAGGAAGGGCAAAGUGCCCUACCAGUUAGUAGAGGUGCUUUCCUGUCCUGGAGGCUGUUUAAGUGGUCGAGGACAGGCUGAGGGAGAUGGAGGAAAACCUGACCGCUCGCUGGUUCAGCAGAUGGAAGAGUCUUAUAGCAGUUUGCCCGUCCAACUUCCCGAAUCCAAUCCAGAAGUCCAGCGCCUCUACCGGGACUGGCUGGCUGGCCAUGACUCUCCACAAGCUCAACAAUGUCUUCACACUCAGUAUAAGAACCACACACAACCUCCCUCUCAGAUACUGAAUCCUGACAUUCAGUGGUGAUUGGAACAGGCUGUUUCAUCUCCACAAAUCUGUCAGAGCUUGGUUAAUAACAUGGAGACUGAGUUUGCAGACAAGACUCAUGCAUGGCACCUUCUUGUGCUCAAAAGGACUGCGCCGUUUCCCGUGCAACAGCUGAAUACCUGCAAUAAUUCAACCGAGGAUGAAGCAGGUUUUCUGUUCUCUGCAGGAAAUCCAUUCUGUUAAACUAAUAAGACUUGCGUUUGAGAACUUGUAAUCACAUUGCAACCAAAUGAUGUCAUGGAUGCUUGGGCAACCGGGUAUCGCAUUAAAAGUGUGAUUUUUAAAAGCAUUAUAGCAAUUAAAAUACUAUGUUCUGUUAAAAAUCUUAUUGAUUUGUUCCGUUAAAAAUGAGCUGUUAUUGAAAUUAAAUACUGGACCCUGUUCAUAUACA